AUGUACAAAAGUAAAUCGAGAAUCACGGCCUCUGCAAAGGCCAUCGACCCCACCCUUGAUGCGCUGUUCGCAUCCAGUUCGGGUCCAGUCGUUGUGCCGCCAGUGAAGAGAUAUUCUGAAGCACCUCCACCAAAGGCAAAGGCCCAAACUGUCGACUCAGACGAAGAACUGCCCGACGCCGACGAGGAGGACGAUGAGGAGCUCUCCGAGCUAGACUCAGCAGAGGGGAGCGAGGACGAAGACGAAGAUGGCGAGGAAGAUUCCGAAAGCGACGCGUCAGAGCAAAAUUCUACCCCAGAACCAGCCGCGAAGCCGAAGAAGGAGCGCAAGCGCAAGAGGGAGGAGGACGAUAUCGAGGGCAAAUACCUGAGCAAACUCGCGGAAGCCGAGGAAAAGGAACAGCCCGCCGAGAAGCGCACCAAAAAGGAGGUCAAGAAGGAUAAGGAGGACGAAUCUUCAGAAACAUCCGAGGAGGACGCUGAGGAGGAGGCAGACGACGACGAGGACGAGGAUGAAGUCCCAGUCCACGAAUCCCUCGCGCCCGAGUCCAAGAACAAGGACAAGAAUGACGAAAUCGAAAAGGCAAACCGCACCGUCUUCCUCUCCAACGUCGCCGCCGAAGCAGUCACAAACAAGGCCGCCAAGCGCACCCUCGAAGCCCACCUCUCCAGCGUCCUCGACAAGGACGCCAAGCCCGCGCAGAAGAUCGACUCCGUCCGCUUCCGCUCCCUCGCCUUCUCCACCGGCGCCCUCCCCAAGCGCGCCGCGUACAUCACCAGCUCCAUCAUGCAGGAGACGACAAAGUCCGCCAACGCCUACGUCGUCUUCUCCACCCCGGCCGCCGCCCGCAAGGUCGUCGCCGAGCUCAACGGCUCCGUCGUCCUCGACCGCCACCUGCGCGUCGACAGCGUCGCCCACCCCGCUGCGACCGACCACCGCCGCUGCGUCUUCGUCGGCAACCUCGGCUUCGUCGACGACGAGACCAUCGUCACCAAGGGCGAGGACGGCGAGAGGGUGGAGAAGAAGAGGACGAAGGUGCCCGCGGACAUCGAGGAGGGUCUGUGGAGGACGUUUGGCAAGCAGGCCGGCAAGGUCGAGAACGUGCGCGUCGUUCGCGAUCCCAAGACGAGAGUAGGCAAGGGUUUCGCCUAUGUCCAGUUCUACGACGCGAACCAUGUCGAAGCCGCCCUCCUCCUGGACGGCAAGAAGUACCCGCCUAUGCUCCCGCGUAUCCUGCGCGUAACCCGCGCCAAGGCCCCUCACAAGACGGCCCUCGCCAUGGAGCGCUCCGCCAAGGGCAAGCCCCAAGCCGGUGGUCCCGGCGCCCGCGGUCCCGGCAGCACCAAGUACAAGGCCAAGAUCACGCCCGAGCAGCAAUCCAUGGCCGGCCGCGCGAGUCGUCUGCUGGGUCGUUCCGGCGCCAUGCGCGAGAUGCGCGACCGCAAGGGCGGCGACAGGAAGCCGCGUCAGGCCAACGGUUCCGGUGUCGUUCCCAAGGACGACAUCAAGGCGCCCGAGGACUUCAUCUUCGAGGGUCGUCGGGCCAGCGCCAAGGACGGCAGGCCGUCGGACCUCAAGUUCGGCAAGCGGACCAAGGGUAAGGGCGGUGUGAAGAAGUCGACGAAGCCUACGGGUCGUGGCGCGAAGAGAGCGCAGGAGUGGAGGAAGAAGGAGAAGUCUUCGUAA